AUGGGUGACGCUGCAGGACUCCCCGACUACGUUCUGGACCCCAAUGCGGUCCUCAACGAUACAGACGCCGCCUGGCGUCACGGAGGUCCUCCAGACUACAGCAAGACCCGGGCCUACUACGAAGAGACUAGGAAAAUGACCCACGAAUCCGGCAGCCUCCCCUUCCUCGUCGAGAACCUCGUCAAGAACUGGGAGGUCGAAGCGUCCUUCAAGACCAACCUCGCAGACUGGCGCACCAUCGACCACGAGACAUACCACUUCACAUUGAACGGCGGACCCCCGCUGAGCGGCGAACACAUGCUGAAAGUCGGCACGUACAAUGCCCUCCUCACGCCGAGUGCGUACUACGAUCCCGCCAAUAAUGAUUUCGAGGCGAGCCACAAGUCGUUUAAGCGCAUGAUGCCGACGUUUGCCUGGGAGGUGCUGGAGGUCUAUAGUGGGCCGCCGGUUGUGGUGUUUAAGUGGAGGCAUUGGGGCGUUAUGGCUAGGGAUUAUGUUGGAUUCAAUGACAAGGGAGAAAAGGUCAAGAUCGCUGCGCACGGCGGACCUAUCGAUAUUCAGGGUAUUGUGAUCGCCAAGGUCAAUGAUGCCCUCAAGCUGCAGCGCAUUGAUGUGUGGUUUGACCCUCUGGAGAUGUUCCGCCAGAUUGCCAAAGACCAUGAACAGACUAAGGUGGAGGGCGAGGAGAAGACUACUUCGGGGUGUCCAUUUGCUGGGGCCAAGGAGUAG